CAGAUUUAUUUAUUUAUCGUUUUAAACCACAGCUCUGUGUCUUUUUCCAGGAAGCUGCUGUGUCUUUGAAGGCCUGAACGCUUCAUCGCUCUCUGGUUUUGUGCAUUUGUACAUUUUUUGCGGAAUAUCUUGGAAACUCUUAGGAAAAAAGCUGGAAUUUGAUUUUUGCAUAGUUGUGACAGCCUUUGUUUACAGUUUGUCUUUGAAUCACAGGAAAACACUAGCAUGCAUGUUCAUGCACGUUGUAAUUAGAGGCGUGGUUAGGACUUUGGUAAACAGUUUUUUCAUAUCGUACACAUCUGCAGCUCCCAUCAUCUGCAUGAAAUGCUGCGUUUCAGCUCCUCGUCUCUGUAAAGGGGACGCAUUAUGACGUUAUUUUUUAAUUAUAAUUGCUUUACAUCUCUUUCAUCUGUUUAUUUGCCACUAUUAGGUAUGGCUCCCUCCUCAAAUGCAUUGUGAAUCCUGCCAGAACUGAGUUGCUCCAACUGUAUGGUUGCUAGUAGCGUUAGCAUUGCUUCAUGCAGCUGACUUGUUGACACAGCUCCAUCAGAAUACGUUUUCUGGCUAAUUCUGCCGUGUAAAGUUCAUGGUUUUCUGAGCCUGAGCACGCGCAUGUGCUGAUGGCCGAUCACCGGACACACGGCGGCGUUAGAAGCAGAUGGCAGCUCGUUAAUCAACUUCCACAAACAAUUAAGACGCAUUUUCGCCUAAUUUACUCACUGACAACGCAAAAAAUAAAUAAAUCUGGUAAAUAUAACACACUCAACCUGGAGGUACGUGGAGAAAAUUUAGAAAAUUUGCAAACAUAUAUUGACGAGGUUUUUGUAUGUAAGAAUGUAUGAAUGAAAAUGUAAGAUGUAAGAAAAUGUUGAUUAUGGCAAUAUAUCGUGAUAUUUUCCCCAGCGAUAUUAUAUCGAUAUUCAAAAGCGGUGUAUCGAAAAUAUCGAUAUUGCAAUAUAUCGUGAUUUUUUUUCUUGCACAAAUGCAUCGAUAUUCAAAAGUCUUGUAUCUAAUUUUGGGAAGAAUUUACAUGGAAACAUUUGUGUAUUUUCUUUUCUUGUGGUGCAAUUCAAACACUGACCACUAGUUGGCAGCACUGUGUAAUGGGUUUUGUUUCUACCAUUGAAACGUAAAUCCCUCUGUUAUGGAUAAACUUGUUAACUAUCAUUUUGGACAGUUUAUUGAAUUUUCCUAUAAUAAAUUUAGUCUAAAAAAUCGCCAAUAUCGUCUGACUGGAUGUAUCGCAAUGUAUCGUGAUACAUUGUAUCGUCUCCCCUGUAUCGUAAUACGUAUUGUAUCGCCAGAAUUUCAUCAAUACACAUCCCUAGUUUUUGUCAUGGGACCGAAGAAAGCAGCAGCAGCUGAGACGGACACACCUGGGACCAAGAGGAGCCGUCCCCAGGACUCGCCCGAGGCCUCAUCUCCCCAUAAGGAUGUCUUAGAUCUACUACAGUCCAUAGAUAAACGGCUUCUGGGAUUUGAGGGACGGCUCCAUCUGCUUGAGGUGCUUCACAAGGAGUUCCAGGACCUCCGAACAUCUCUGGAGUUUAGCCAGGAGCGGGUGGAGCGGCUCGCGGCUGAGAACGCGUCUCUGCGGGAAUCGGUUUCUUCCUUGACUGCAGAAUUAGAUCGGAUCUCCCAGGACAACAAUGCUCUGAAGGAGACGGUUCUGGAUCUCCAAUCACGCAGCAUGAGAGAUAACCUGGUGUUCGCAGGCCUUCCAGAGCAGACCGGAGGAGAAGCGGAGGAUUGCGAACAAACCAUCAAGAACUUUCUCCACACCCACAUGAAGAUACCUGAGGAAACGGUUAAAAACAUCACCUUUCAUCGGGUACAUCGUCAUGGAGCCAGGAGAACAGACAGCAGAAGACCUCAUCCCAUUGUGGCUACAUUUGAGCACUUUAAUAAUAAUAAUAAUAAUAAUAAUAUAAUAAUACAUUUUAUUUCAAAGCGCCUUUCAGGACACCCAAGGUCACUUUACAGAAAACACGUAAUAAAAUACAAUAAAACAAUAAUAAAACCCAAAGAAGAAAAAACAAAGAGAGAAACAGUUCAAUAAAAUCAGAGGUUGUAGGCAGAUUUAAACAUGUGUGUUUUGAGUUUGGUUUUGAAAAGGGUAAAACUGUCGACGUUCCUGAUGUCUGGGGGAAGUGAGUUCCAGAGACGGGGAGCAGAGCGGCUGAAAGCUCUGCUCCCCAUGGUAGCGAGACGGACAGAAGGAACUGCAAGAUGGAUGGAAGAAGAUGAUCUGAGUGAACGGGAUGGGGUGUGAAUACUUAUAAGGUCUGAGAUAUAUGGAGGAGAGAGGUUGUGGAUAGCUUUGAAGGUAUGGAGGAGAAUUUUGAAGAUGGACCUGAAUUUAACUGGGAGCCAGUGAAGCUGCUGGAGAACCGGCGUGAUGUGGUGAAAGGAAGGGGUUCUGGUGGUAAUACGGGCUGCCGAAUUCUGGACCAGUUGCAGUUUAUGAAGGAGUUUGUUGGGAAGACCAUAAAGAAGUGAACUGCAAUAGUCGAUACGGGAGGUGACGAGGCUGUGGACGAGAAUGGCGGCAGUGUGAGGCGUCAGUGAGGGACGGAGACGGUUUAUGGAACAUAGAUGGAAGUAUGCUGACCGAAUUAAGUUAUUAAUGUGAGCCUGAAAAGAAAGUGAGCUGUCGAGAAUGACACCCAGACUCUUGACGUGAGGGGAGGGGGAGACUGUGGCGCUGUCAAUAGUUAAAGAAAAGCUGUCAGAUGUUGAGAGGGUGGAGUUAGUGCCAACUAGAAGAAGUUCAGUUUUAUUGCCGUUGAGUUUGAGGAAAUUAGAGGUGAACCAUGAUUUGAUUUCAGAGAGGCAGAGUGUAAGGGAGGAUGGUGGGAGAGUUGAGUUGGGCUUACUGGAAAUGUAGAGCUGGGUGUCAUCUGCAAAGCAGUGAAACUGGAUAAUGAAUUUGCGGAAGAUUUUGCCGAUAGGGAGGAGGUAUACUAUGAAGAGGAGGGGCCCCAGGACAGAGCCCUGGGGCACACCUGACUUGACUGGGGAGGGUUCUGAGGUAAAGGAUUUUAACUGGAUGAACUGAGUGCGGCCAGUAAGGUAAGAUUGAAACCAGCGGAGGGGGGUGUGAGUGAUGCCUAAGGAAGAGAGUCUAUUGAGGAGGAUGGGAUGAGAAAUGGUGUCAAAGGCUGCGCUCAGAUCGAGGAGAAUGAGAAUAGAGAUUAAACCAGAAUCAGCAGCAAUGAGUAGGUCGUUAGUGAUCUUGAUGAGAGCUGUUUCUGUGCUGUGGUGGGGACGGAAGCCAGACUGAAACUGUUCAUAAAGGUUAUUGCGGGUGAGAUGGGAAUGGAGCUGAGAUGCAACAGUUUUCUCAAGGACUUUGGAAAUGAAGGGAAGAUGGGAAAUGGGACGGAGGUUAUUGAAAUCAUUGGGAUCUAAACCAGGUUUUUUUAGAAUAGGGCUGACUGAAGUGGAUUUGAAUAGGGAUGGGACCGUACCAGAGGAUAGUGAGGAAUGAAUAAUGGCUGUUAUAAAAGGGAGCAGAGAGGAAAGGCAGGAUUUAACUAAAACAGUUGGAAUAGGGUCCAGUUGACAGGUGGAAGGUUUGGAUUUGGUGAUGUAAUCUACUAGUUCUGAGGGAUGGGGAAGUUUAAAGGAGGAGAACUGAAUGGAGGGUUCAAAUAAAUCAGGAGAUGGAGGGGAGGAAUGAGGUAAAGAGAGAUGGAUUCUAUUGACCUUCUCAUUAAGAAACUGAAGGAGAGAGUUACAGGUUUCUGAAGAGUAAAGAUGGAUGGGUAAGGAGUCGGGAGGCUGAAAAAUGCUGUUCAUGAUGGAAAAUAAUGUCUUAGUGUUGCUGGAGUUGGACGAGAUGAGACCGGAGUAAUACUGAGAUUUGGCAUGGGAGAUGGAGUCCUUGUAGAGAGAAAUCUGAGCAGAAUAUAAGUCUUUAUGGAUGGUGAGACCGGUUUUCUUGUAGAGUCUUUCAAGCCUCCGGUUGGUAGCUUUCAAGGAGCGUAGGGCAGGGGUGAACCAUGGAGCAGACCGAGUAAAAUAUACAGAGCGGGAUUUGAUGGGAGCAAAUGAAUUAAGGAUAGAAACCAGACCGUUACUGUACAGAAUGACAAGAUCAUCGGGAGUAGAGGACAAAUUAGGGGUCAGGGUGGCAAAACUGGAGGACAGGAAGGCUAGAUCAAUGUCCUUAAUAUUACGAAAAGAAAUGAUACGUGGUGACUUGAUGAUGGAGAGACGGAGGGGAACAGAAAAGGAGAUGAGGAAGUGGUCCGUGAAAGGGAGCGGGUCAGCUGUACAGUUGGAGGGGGUCAGGCCGGAGCAGCAGAUCAAAUCCAGGGUGUGACCUUUAAUGUGAGUGGGAAAAUUGGCAUAUUGAUGAAAACUGAGGCUGUCCAAAGAUGAAGAGAAGUCUUUGCUGAGGGGGAGGGCCAUAUUGUCCAUAUGAAUAUUAAAAUCACCAAGUAAAAUUACAUUUGGGGAAAGGGCGGACAGAUGGGAUAAAAGAGCAGAGAGUUCAUUUAAAAACUCAGGGCUGAACUUGGGGGGACGAUAAACAGUGACAAUUAUUGUGGGGGUCGGGCCGGAGAGUUGACAGGCGAGGCAUUCCAGAGUGGUGAGAGGAGGAAGGCUUACGGGAAGGACCUUCCAAGUCUCGCGAUAGAGUAUCGCGAGACCACCGCCGCGGCCCGACCCACGGGGUUUGGAGAGGUAAACAAAUCCGGGAGGAGUACAGUCAUUGAGUUGUGAGAAAUCGCCGGGUUGUUGCCAUGUUUCGUUCAGACAAAGAAAGUCUAGCUUAUGGUCACUGAUGGUAUCUUGGAGGAGAUGUCCUUUACCAGAGAGGGAGCGAAUGUUGAGAAGACCAAAAUUAGCAGUGCGGAAGUCCCUGGCGACAGGAGCAUUAGCCCGACUAGCCAGCCGGGCUAACACGCUGGAGUCGGCAGCUCGGCAGGUAUUCCUGGGUAGCCGCCGGCUAGUCGUGGACCAGAAGGAGGGUAUUCCUUUGGAGCCGUCGAGAUGGAGGUUCCGCCGGGACCCCCGAUGGAUAUACCGACGGCGAGGCUGGAAGGUGAUGCCGGGGAAGAGGCACAGAGCUGGUGGUGGAGAUCCGGAGUAGUGAAAGCGGAGGUUGAAGAGCUCCGCUGCCGAGUACUGGAGAAGGCCAUCCACGGACAGAAGAAUGAGCGACAGGAUGAUCCAGGCCAGUGCGAGGCACACAGAAAUCCUGCUGGACCUCAUUAUGGAGUGGAGCAGGGAGGUGGUGAUGUGCAACCAGAACGCAAGCUGAGCAGGUAGGUGAAAAUGAGUUUUCACCUACACAGGGAUGUGACUCGGGUAAAAAGAAGAAAAAAAAAACACAAAAAGUUUGUUUGCCAGCGAGCAGCGGCAGCGAGACGCGCCAGCGUUCACUCAACC